UUUGAGUAUUUAAUGAACCCGGCGCGGUGCAGCCCGCUGCAGAACGACUUUGCACGGCUCACCUCAUCCCAGAGGCAUUGCUUAUAGUGCGGGGAGCCCGAAGGUCAUACACCUUCUCCUGUUUAGGCUCGGGGUGACAUUUUACACGCCCAUAUGCGUUACAGUAAGCCCGGAUCUGCCGGCCAAGCAUGGGGAGGAGAGGCUGAGGUCCGCCAGCGCUGAGCCGGCUCCACAUGGAGGCUCACCAAAGCCGCUCGGCUGGUCUGUUUCGCCGCAGGACCCGGAAGAAGGAACGGAUCACCCUGCUCAGGCUGCGCCCAUUUAAUCGGGAGGUUACAAAUCAAUAAAACAUAAUAAUAACAAUACAUAAUAAAUAAAUAGCACGGCGAUAUCGGCCGGAGUCGGUGCCCACUUGUCUCCCUUGUAUGGUGGGCAGGGAUGUCGGCGUCCGCGAUAUUUAUCCUGGACUUGAAGGGGAAGGUGUUAAUAUGUCGGAACUACAUGGGCAUGCUGGACAUGGGCGAGAUCGACCACUUCAUGCCCAUCCUGAUGAAGCGGGAGGAGGAGGCAGAUGUCUCUCCAGUGGCGGCCCAUGGAGCAACUCAUUUUCUGUGGAUUAAGCAUAGCAACCUUUACUUGGUGGCAUUGACCAAGAAGAAUUCCAAUGCCGCCCUUGUGUAUUCCUUCCUCUACAAGAUAGUGGAGACUGUAAAGGUUUUCCGGGAAUACUUCAAGGAGCUGGAAGAGGAGAGCAUCCGGGACAAUUUCGUGACCGUGUACGAGCUGUUGGAUGAGGUCAUGGACUUUGGCUUCCCGCAGACCACAGAUAGCAAGAUCCUCCAGGAAUACAUCACGCAGAAAGGACACAAACUGGAGGUUGGUGCCCCCCGGCCCCCAGCAACCGUUACCAACGCGGUCUCUUGGAGGUCAGAGGGCAUCAAGUAUCGGAAGAAUGAGGUCUUUAUGGAUGUCAUUGAGUCAGUCAAUCUUCUGGUGAACGCUAACAGCAGUGUCCUGCGCAGCGAGAUCGUGGGCAGCAUCAAACUGAAGGUGGUCCUCUCUGGCAUGCCGGAGCUGCGGCUGGGCCUCAACGACAAAGUCCUCUUUGAGAUCAAUGGCAAGAAGAGCAAGACGGUGGAACUGGAGGACGUGAAGUUUCACCAGUGUGUGCGCCUAUCCCGCUUUGAGAAUGACCGUACCAUCUCCUUCAUCCCCCCUGACGGCGAGUGCGAACUCAUGUCCUACCGGCUCAACACCACGGUGAAACCACUCAUCUGGAUUGAGUCUAAAAUAGAAAAGUACUCCCACAGUCGUGUAAAGAUCAAGGUCACGGCCCGGAGCCAGUUCAAAACCCGGUCCACCGCUAACAACGUAGCCAUCAUGGUGCCAGUCCCCAGCGACGCAGACUCGCCAAAGUUCAAGACCAGCAUAGGCACUGCGAAGUGGCUCCCGGAGAAGAAUGUGGUGCAGUGGAACAUAAAGUCCUUCCCAGGGGGGAAGGAGCACGACAUGCACGCUCACUUCGGCCUGCCCAGCGUGGAAGCCGACCAAAUGGAGGGGAAGCCGCCCAUCACCGUCAGCUUCGAGAUCCCCUACUUCACCGUGUCCGGGAUCCAGGUUCGCUACCUGAAAAUCAUCGAGAAGAGUGGUUACCGGGCGUUACCAUGGGUACGCUACAUCACACAGAGCGGCGAUUACCAGCUUCGGACAAACUAGAGGCACUUGGGCAAGACUGACCCACCCCCACCCCCUCCUCGUGCUUUUGAGAAAAAAAAACAAUAGUUUGCAGCUUGAUUCUGAGGACAUCGUCCAUGUUCAGCAAAGAACAGAGAUUCAUCUUGGAAAGCUUACUGGUUAUCAGCAGGUCAGUGAGCAGAAUACGAGUGGUGUCACAGAAGUAUUUCAGAGCCGUGACAGAAAGCCAUUACUGCAGAGGGCUGUCCUUUGGGUCUGUUUUAGUGCGGAAAUGAACUGAAUAAUAUUCCCAUUUGCAACAAAAACGUUUCAUAACUGAACUCAGCACAAAGGAUAAAAAGAAUUUUUCUAAUUGUCUGGUAUGAUUUCUUAGUUUGUUUUUUCUCUGUUAAUCUGUAAUUGUAACAUGUUUCUUUUUUUGUGUUAUAUACAUUUAAUUUGCGUAUUUUUCAGGUACCUGCAGUAAAAUACAUUCCUGAACAGCUAGUAAAUGAAACGCACUGAAGUGCAAACACCGUCUUGAUGAACAAACAUUUCACUUUUGAUCAUGGAUAAAUGAAUAAGAUUGAGGAUAAUGUCUUACUUACUUUCAGGGUCUUAUCCAAGUUACUUUUGAAGUCGGUUACUGCAUGUGUGUAGUCUUACUAAUGAAAGACUACAUUUCCCCGUUUUGUCCUUUUUAAACAAUAAAUACGUUUUCACAA